GCUUCUUGCUCGACACAGAGCUUUUCUGCCCUGCCGUUCUUAUACCAAGCUAUUGCUACAUUGGAUAGCAAUUGCUGGUGCUACACUCUUUGCAUUCCGCACCCUUCGCUAAGUCGCGAAGCCUAUCAUGAAGUUUGGCACAACGCUGCGCAGGAGCGUCUAUGCCCCAUGGAAAGACCAAUACAUCGACUACGAUAAGCUGAAGAAGCUACUCAAGGACAACGAGGACGACGACAGCUGGACCACCGACGAUGAGAGCGCUUUCGUAGACGAGCUUGCCAACGUGCAACUGGAAAAAGUGCACAACUUCAUCAGGGACAUCUCGCAGAAGCUUCGCGAUCGAACCUCUGCGUGUGAAAAGAAGCUGGAGCCAUUGGCUAUUGGCAUCCAAUUCGAAGACAAGGAGGACGACAAGGAAGGCGAAGGUCCGUUUGCGCAGGCUGGCGAUGGCUCAAAGAAACCCAAUCUCAGCCAGCAGGAGAGGGAGAAGCUCCUGAAGGAGGUGCUGGGCGAGCUGGACAACAUCACAAAGGAGACCAAGGAGCUGGAGGGCUUUAGUAGGCUCAACUUCACCGCCAUCAUCAAGGCGACGAAGAAGCACGACAAGCUUCGCGGCAACUCGUACAAACUACGGCCCUUCAUUGACGCCCGUAUCGCCCGACACCCGCUAAACACCGAAGAUGCCUCGCCGCUGUUAUACAGAUUGUCGGCGUUGUACUCAUUUGUCCGACAGAGCCUGGAAGGCAAGCCUAAGGAGGCUUUGUCCUUUGCUGAAAACAGCACAAGCGGCGAAGGCUUCGUCUCUCACAAAUUCUGGGUCCACAUGGACAACCUCUUCGAAGUCAAGACCGUCAUCCUCCGCCGUCUUCCCGUCCUCGUAUACAACCCCCAGUCGUCCAAGAUCGCCGAAGGCACCCAGCGCGACCCUACCAUUACCUCGAUUUACUUUGACAAUCCCAACUUCUCCCUGUAUUCGGACAAGGUCAACAGCAAGCCCGAUGCCUCCUCGCUGCGGCUUCGGUGGUACGGACAGCUGGGAGAGAAGCCUGAAAUCAUGUUUGAGAAAAAGGUCAUCAAGGAAGGCAAUUCCGCCGAAGAAGUCCGAUUCCCCAUCAAGGCCAAAUACGUGCAGGCCUUCCUUGACGACAAAUACCAUAUGGAGAAAAGCAUUGAAAAGAUGGAGUAUCGCCCCAACAAGGAUCAGAAACAAGUCGACGGCUUCAAGAAGGCCGUUACAGACAUUCAGGGCUUCAUCAAAGACAAGGACCUCCAGCCAGUACUGCGCGCCAAUUACACUCGCACCGCCUUCCAGAUACCCGGCGACGAUCGUGUUCGCAUCUCGCUCGACACCAACCUUGCCUUGAUCCGCGAAGAUGCGUUGGAUAUGGAUAGGCCUUGCCGCGAUCCUGAAGAUUGGCACAGGCGAGAUAUCGACAAUGGACAAAUGGAGUUUCCAUUCAAGGCCAUCAAGAAGGGAGAAAUUCACAAAUUCCCAUACGCAAUGCUUGAGAUCAAGGUCAAGGGCAUGAAGAAGUACGAGUGGAUUGAGGACCUGAUACAUUCACAUCUGGUUAAAGAAUCGCCUCGCUUCUCCAAGUUCGUCCACGGUGUAGCGAAGCUCUUCGAGGAUAACGUCAACACCUUCCCAUUCUGGCUUAGUGAGGUCGACAAUGACAUUAGGAAAGAACCCGAGAAGGCUUUCGACGACGAGCAAGAAAAGAAACGCAAAGUUGCGGAGGACGAGUUCGCAGUGGGCUCCCUUUUCGGCGCCCGCGCAAGUCCUAGCUUCCGCCCUUCGAUCGCCUCACCAGUUGGCUCACCAGCUGUUUCACGCUCCAUCGCAAAGAGCGCAAGUGCUGCAGCACAUACUCAGCCUGCAGUAAACCCCCCUCUACCCACAGUCGGCUCCCACCUCUCGCAACAGUUCCAACAAGAAAACGGCAACCGCAUAAGUGAAGAGCUCGAUUCUGAUGACGAUGACGCACAACCGGCUGGAAAGACCAAGUUCAGUGGCCUCACCUCCCUAUUCCCCUCAUUCUCUACAUCUAAAUACGCCCGCAAACAACAGCGUAAAAUUCAACUACCCCCCGGGAUCCGGGACCCCGGCGUGUGGAUCAAGGACCAAGGCCCCGUACGCGUUGAAGCCAAAGUCUGGCUCGCGAACCAACGUACCUUCAUUAAGUGGCAGCACGUGUCCGUUCUGUUGGCUUCUCUAUCCCUAGGCCUGUACAAUGCAGCUGGCGAAGGUAAUAACAUUGCCAGAGCACUCGCGGUGGUGUAUACCUCUAUCUCGGCGUUUACGCUGGCCUGGGGGUAUGGCAUGUAUUGGUAUAGAAGUAAGCUGAUCAGGGAGCGAAGCGGCAAGGACUUUGAUGCUGUGACGGGGCCACUAGUAGUCUGCGUGGGGCUCGCGUUUGCGCUUGUGUUGAAUUUUGGAUUCAAGUACAAUGCUUUGAUCAAGGAGAAGAAUCACCACGAUCAUGCGAACGCGUCUUUGAUCAACGAGCAGGUGGAGCUAAGACUCUAGACUAUUGAAGUGAGAGAAGAUAUUGGAGGGGAUUAUGGAUGUUUGUAAUUGAAGUAAUUUUCGGUGUGUACAUACGUUUAAGGCGGAAAAAAGAUUGUGAUGCUGGACAUGCACUAUACGAGAGGGAGCGUACGUUGCACCAGGAACUAUCGGUAGAGUGAUGCUAAACGUCGCAUUACAGUGUGUAUUUCUUCAGUUGUGGAGUGAUUCAGGGGAAGUCGUACGGACAAGUGUACAGUCACGGUUACACGUUGAUAAUUAGUAUCGUUAUAACACAUGUAGAUAUUGAAUUGUGAGCGACGGUCGUCUCUGUCGUUUCAACAAGUAUAUUUGAUCACUAGUACUCGGAGUGCACGAAGUGUGCUCAUACCGGUGAAGUAAUAUAAGGGGAAUCCGCGCACAAAGAGGUCACAUUUACGACUACUGUGCUUGCGGCAAGGAG